UUGAUGAUAUUCUCAAAAAGGAAAUAUGUUUCGAGUUUUAAUAUAAUUAGAAAUGAAAAAGGCUGAAAAUCCAUUCCUUCUCAAAAUGGGCCCCAGUACAAAAGGUUUCGAACGCGGGUUCAACAUCGAAACAAACCCUCUCAUCGAUAGACCGAGUCUUGGAAUCGACGUUUUUUCGCCACCCCCGCAAAGCCGCCCCCACCUUUUAGUCCUGGAGCUGGAACUGGAAACCGGUGGUGUAAUCAGUUCGCCUCUCCGCUCCUCGGCCGAACCAGGUCAUCAACUCGGCUCUCCGCAUUUUCGUUUUUAGCAUUUCCGUUUUAGUUUUCUUCAGGAAAUGGCCGAACCGAAAAUAAUGACAACGACCACUUCGGCGACUGAAAAGAGCUACAUACUCGACGCCCACAGGCCCUCGGAUCAACAGGUGAUUGACGGCCUAGGAGAGAAUGACGACACAGAAAAUAUAUUCGAGGAAAGAAAGGGCGCGACUACUGGGCUCGGAUUCGCCAGUUUUAACUACAUCAACUCAAUCGUCGGUUCGGGCGUCAUCGGUAUCGCUUUUGCUUUACACCAAGCUGGGUUUGUCAUGGGCUUGUUCCUUCUUGCCCUGGUCGCCCUGGUCACCGAUUAUUCCCUCGUGCUUAUGGUGAGAUCGGCCCAUAUCAGCGGUUCGUUUUCCUAUCAGGGUCUCAUGGAAGCAGCGUUCGGCCGGCCUGGAUUUUACCUUCUCACCUUUCUUCAGUUUGUCUAUCCUUUUAUAGCAAUGGUCAGCUAUAAUGUAGUCGUCGGCGACACAGUCACCAAGGUCCUCAUCCGGGUCUUCUCCCUUCCGCCCAGAUCCAUCUUCGCCAGGAGGGACUACGUUGUCGCAAUGGCCACCAUAUUCGUCACCAUACCACUCUGCCUGCUCAAAGACAUGGCAAAACUGGCCAAAGCUUCCUUCCUUUCUCUCGUCUUCAUUAUUUUCAUUUUAGGAGCCAUUUUCUCAAGAUUCAUAUCCCUCGCUCCAUACAUACCUUCGACCCGGGAUUCUUGGCAGGUGUACAACUGGGGCAUCAUCCCUGCGAUCGGGAUCAUGGCAUUCGCAUUCAUGUGCCACCACAACGUAUUCCUCCUGUAUGGUUCGAUCGAGGAGCCCGACCAGGCGAAAUGGGACAAGGUGACUCAUUACUCGGUGUUCGUAUCGUUCAUGAUCGCAUCACUUUUUGGCAUCGCUGGCUAUGCUACAUUUACAGGAUACUCACAGGGCGACUUACUUGAAAACUACUGCUGGGACGAUGACCUAAUGAACGUAGCACGAAUUGCAUUCUCGCUCACCAUACUCUUCACAUUCCCCAUCGAGUGUUUGGUCACAAGAGCGGUGAUAACUCAAGCCUGGCGUCCUGUAUCGCAUUUCUUCUCAACAAUCGCAAUAGUAGCUACGACAUACCUGAUUUCUAUUUCGACCGACUGCUUGGGUGUCGUAUUGGAGCUCAAUGGUGUCAUUUCGGCUGUUCCUCUUGCGUUCAUUCUGCCCGCUGUAAGCUACCUAAAGCUCGAAGAAGGUUCGAUACUGUCAAAACGUAAGCUGCCGGCUCUUGCCCUCGCCCUCUUCGGACUUCUCGUCGCCGUCCUCGGCUUCGCGACGAUCAUAACGACAUUCUCGACUGUCGAUCGCUGCUCCCACGGCCAUUAUAUGUCAUACUGUUACCAGAACCGCACAAAUUGAGCUUUUUCUUCCAAUUUUAAUUUAAAAAAAAAGUUAUUAUUAUUAUUUUUUUUUUUAAAUGAAACAAGACUGAUUUUAGCAUUUUCAUAGAUUUUUCUUUUUGACUUAAUCCCGACAAUCUCAGUGGAUUUUUCUUUUUAAUUACUGAAUAAUUUUAAUAAAAUAUACUUUAUUAAUAGAAAAAGAGAAAAAAUCACACUUUAUUAACUAAAAUAGAUUGAAAUCUGCUAGAAAAAUGCUAUGUAUUAAAAAAAAACAAAAAAAAACAAAUUGGGACCUUACAGAAGUCAAUUUUAUUGAAUUCUCUGAAUUUGAUUAGGAAGAGUAUUAAAAAAAAAAAGAAACGUCACUUAUAAUGAUUAUAUGUCGGAGAAAAAUAUAAUUAAUUGUUAAAACAGGACGUGAGUAAAUUAAUGAUAACCGAAGACUUUUUAUAGCACGAUAUUUUGAUAUUCUCCCCCAUCAAGUUUAAGUUGACCAAACUUAAAUUUUAAUUUUGAGUACUUGAUAUAUAUCCAAUAUAUAUAUAUUUUUUUUAAUUUCAAAAACCGUUCUGUGAUGGAAUAAGUUGAGCGGAUGUAGAAUCGAAUGUAAAAUAGUAUGAAGUGUAUGUUAAUAAAAUCUCAGUUUUAUUAUUUUUAUAGAUUAAAUUAAAAAAAAAGAAAAAAAAGAAAGAUGUUAACAUAGAAGAAAUAGUUUAUUUUUUAAAAUAAACAUAAAAACUAUAAUUUUUUAGUAAAAUUAACCUUUGAUUAACAUUUUAAAAUCCUAAGUUAAUUAAUUAUUUGUAAAACUAAUUACAAACAGGGUGGUUCACUAUUAGAAGCAAAAUUGUUACAAAAUUAGACAAAUUCUCCCAGAUUUUGGACUCCAUUCACAUGAUAAACUUUUGCUGUUGCAGGAGGCAAAGUCAAUUCUUUUCUCAAUAAAAGAACAACUAUCAAUCAUCUUUAAAACACUUGAGCUGUUUUCAUCCGUUUAACUUAAUCUUUAAUUUUUGGCGUUGUUUCACCAGGUUGGCGUCAAAUGCUUAGUUGUUUCAAAUCUCUCAAAUAAAUUUGGGCACAAUAGAUUCUGCAAUGAACAUACUAUCGCCCAAAUUUUGUUAUCAUCUCGUAUCGAAUCACCCUGUACAAUCAUAUAUUUAUUCCUAUGAGGGUUCAAAAGCCUGUAAAUACUCGAAAUCUUUCUAGAAAAUAAAAUUUCUAUCUGUGCACUUGCAUUUCCUAGAUGGCACAGUAAAUUUUUAAAUAAGACUUUUCAACCUUUAGGCCCGCUUUGAACUUAAAAAUAUUAAAAAACCCAUGGUUUUCAUGAUCUUUAGGUAUUAUCUAGUUACCCUUGUACCGUAUACUUAAAAAUAUUAGACCAAAUUUUUAGGCGUGUUCAUUUUUUUCCCGUUUUCCUAACUAGUUCCUAGUGUGUUCAUGUGUUUCCUUUUUUCUUUAAAGAAAAUUGAAAAAAUGAGGGUAUCUAAAAGAAGUAUAUAUAUAGAUUAUAAAA